AUGAAUAUAUACACGCAUAUUAUGAGAGAGAAAUUGUAAACUACUGUCGGCUCCCACCAGGCAAAGACCGUCUCCGAUCUCUCUCUCUUUCUCUCUCUAUCUUUUUUUUUUUUCAGCUUGGACUUCGGCGAAAACCCUAAUUGGUUGAUCGGUCAACUGAGGGUGCUGGGUUUGGUGUGGUGUAUCGGGGGUGUGGAAAUGACGGAUUGUUCCAAGGUUGUGCUGGGGAAUAUUGCAAUUCGUUUGAAUAUUUAAGAAGCAUUUAAAUUAGGUUCAAGAGAGGGUUCGCUAUCUAAUUGAGUAAUUGUGAGAUUAUUACACAAAAAAGUUCAACAGUUCAAGUAAGUUUUAUGAUGGCACACAUUGCUGCAAAUCAUUUUAAUGGAGGGCCUCAUCCAGGGUCUAAUGAUCCUUUAUACAAGGAGCUGUGGCAUGCCUGUGCUGGACCACUUGUGACGGUUCCUCGUGAAGGGGAAAGAGUUUAUUAUUUUCCGCAAGGUCACAUGGAACAGCUUGAAGCAUCUACCCAUCAGGGAGUAGACCAGCAGCUUCCUUCGUUCGAUUUACCAGAUAAAAUUCUGUGCAGAGUUCUGAAUGUUCAUCUUCAGGCUGAACCAGAUACAGAUGAGGUGUAUGCACAAAUAACUUUGCUUCCUGAACCAGAUCAAAGUGAGAUCACGAGUCCUGAUCCUCCUCUCCCUGAACCUCAACAAUAUAAUGUCCAUUCAUUUUGCAAGACACUUACUGCUUCUGACACAAGCACCCAUGGUGGGUUCUCUGUUCUUAGGAGACAUGCGGACGAAUGUUUGCCCCCAUUGGAUAUGACUCAACAACCACCAUGGCAGGAGUUGGUUGCUACUGAUCUUCAUGGCAGUCAGUGGCAUUUUCGUCACAUCUUUCGCGGUCAACCUAGGCGUCACUUACUCACAACUGGUUGGAGUGUUUUUGUAAGUGCAAAGAAAUUAGUUGCCGGAGAUGCAUUCAUCUUCCUCAGGGGUGAAAAUGGGGAGCUCCGAGUUGGGGUUAGGAGGCUCAUGAGACAACUAAACAAUAUGCCAUCUUCUGUUAUAUCAAGUCACAGCAUGCAUCUGGGAGUUCUCGCUACUGCUAAACACGCCAUCACAACAGGGACUUUUUUCUCUGUUUUUUACAAGCCAAGGACAAGCCGAGCUGAGUUCGUUGUGAGUGUGAACAGAUAUCUUGAAGCACAAGAUCACAAGUUUUCUGUUGGAAUGAGGUUUAAGAUGAGGUUUGAGGGUGAAGAAGUCCCGGAAAGAAGGUUUAGUGGGACCAUCAUUGGCGUUGGAGAUAAUAAAUCGUGUAGAUGGCCCAAUUCUAAAUGGAGAAAUCUGAAGGUUCAAUGGGAUGAGCCAUCUUCAAUUUACCGUCCUGAUAGGGUAUCGCCAUGGGAUAUUGAACCACUUGUUGCAACACCACCACAAAAUCCCCAACCUCCACAAAGGAAUAAACGGGCACGCCAGACAAUUUUAGCUUCAAAUACACAAGAAUUUCCCGCCCAAGGCAUGUGGAAACCAACUGUUGAUUCUCCCUCAUCGUUCUCGCACAUUGAUCCAUCCCAUGCAAUGGACCCUUAUCUAUCAGUAAAACUCUCUUCUGAUUCGAAGGCUAACAACAACCUGGGUUACGGAGAGAAUGAUUCCCUGCCUUCUGUUUCCGCUAAAUCAAUGUACUGGUCUAAUCAAUCCAAAACAGACUCAACUGCACCGGUUGCUGAAAAGAGACAGGCAAAUGGCUACAGGUUAUUUGGAAUUGAGUUGCUGGACCAUUCAACGGUUGAAGAUACCUCACCUGUGGCUGCACCUCCGGCUGUGGUGGAGAGUCAUCCUAAUCCACCUUUUGAUACUGAAUCUGACCAACAUUCUGAUCCAUCAGACCCUACUCAAUCUGACAUCGAUCCUGAAAGAUCAUCACUGAGAUCCACCCAUGAAUCACAAAGCAAGCAGAUUAGGAGCUGCACUAAGGUCCACAUGCAAGGAAAGGCAGUUGGGAGAGCAGUAGAUCUUGCAGGGUUUGAUGGGUAUGAAGAUUUGCUCAAGAAACUGGAAGCGAUGUUUGAGAUUGAAGGUGAACUGUGUGGAUCAGUCAAGAAAUGGCAGGUUGUGUACACAGACGAUGAGGAUGACAUGAUGAUGGUUGGAGACGACCCAUGGCAUGAAUUCUGCUGCAUGGUCCGAAAAAUCUACAUUUACUCGAAUGAAGAAGCCAAGAUGCUUUCACCUAAGAUUAAGCUCCCUGCCAAGGACGUUAAACUAGGCAAGCCAGUUUCCGAUGCUGCUCCAAACAUCACCGAGGAACAGGCAUGACACCUUCCUACCCCCUCACUCUUCCGAAGACAAAGUAAUAACACGGGGUACCGGGAGGACAUACCCCCCUCGUGAUUUUUAUUUUGACUGCAAGCGUUGUUGAGCCUGACACAUAACUCAUGCUGAAAGGGCCGAUUUUGUUAGUUAACUUACCGUGUGGUGGUGGUGGGAAGAAAGAUCAGAUCGCGGGCAAGACACACAAGUCUGCACUAAAGAUAAGAACUCCUAUCCCUAUCCUAGUAGUGUCUUUGUUUUCAUGGUUUCUGUACGUUUUGCUUGUCUGGACUCGAGUUAGUUAUGGAGAAGAAAGCGUGGACUACCUACCGCCUCUAAUGUGGAGGUGAACAGAUACUCUCUGUCUUUAUUUAUUUUAAAUUUUUUCGGGAUUUUUGUAAGCUUUUGUUUUUUUUUUCUUCAUAUAAUAAAACCGUGUCAUCAUAAUAGGUGGCUUCUGUGUAUAUAUAAAUAGUAUAGUAAGUAGAUAGGCAUAGCCUUGCAUUUUUCCACUGGGGUCUUAUCAGUAAUUAUCACGUGUAUGAAUGGAAAAAUUGUGUUUGUAAUAUGAGGUUUGUUUGAGUCUGA